AUGGAGAAAGUGUCAACGUUUCCUUCUUCGGCUUUGCAAUUAUUACCUCCUGGUUUCAAAUUCCAUCCAUCUGAUGAAGAACUCAUUGUUCAUUACUUGCGAAACAAAGUGAUUUCGCAUCCACUUCCAGCGCAGUUGAUCACUGAAAUCGAUCUCUAUAAGUAUAAUCCGUGGGAGCUACCCAACAAUGCUUUGUUUGGAGAAGAUGAAUGGUAUUUCUUCAGCCCGAGGGACCGGAAGUAUCCAAAUGGGGUGAGGCCAAAUAGAGCAGCAGCUUCAGGCUAUUGGAAGGCUGCUAGCAGUGACAAGCCAAUUCUCACCUCUCGUGGAUUGAAGCGCAUCGGGGUGAAGAAGGCUUUAGUCUUUUACACUGGUCGUGCCCCAAAAUGA